UUUGUGCGGUCGCGUGUUUACCGUGUGCAGUUUAGUCGUGUGAGCACGUGCGUGAGUGAAUCAUCUGCUUGCAUUUAAAUGCGCUGCAAGAAAAAGAAAAGUUGCACACAAACGAAAUGAUGAUUUGAUUUAAUUUGACGGCGGAAUAUUCAGUGAGUGUGUGUGAAAAUAUGUCUUUGGAACGGCGCCGAAGAAAAAUGUUUCGACUGUAUUUGAUGUAUUUUAUUGCGGUGUUUGUGAUUUUCGUCGCAAAUAUUAAAUGCGGGGAGUGUGCGAGGGUACGACAUCAAUCGCCGACGACUAAACAAGCAAUGAAAUUCCUCAAAGGUAUCGGUGUGAACGUCAACAAUCGUCAGAUGAAUUCACACGUGGGAUUAUGGCCGCCCGUGUUGAAUUUAGCAACGAAAGCUUUGAUUUCCACGAAUGCCACAUGCGGAGAAGGCGGACGGGAAGAGUUUUGUCGCCUACAGGACGGCCCUGCACGCAAUCACCACUUUGCCGAACUCAUCGGUGGUUUUGCUGGUGGAAGUGGUGGGGGUAGUGGUGAACAUGGCGGGCGUUGUGGCGUGUGCGACAACUUCAGCCGGGAUCCACACAAGCGCCAUCCGAUCAACUACGCCAUCGACGAUGGGAACAACCGCUGGUGGCAGAGUCCACCACUGCACUACGGCGAGCAAUAUGAAUACGUCACGAUUACGCUGGAUCUUAAGCAGGUCUAUCAAGUGGUGUACGUGAAACUGAAAGCAGCGAACGCGCCGCGUCCCGCCGCUUGGAUACUGGAGCGCUCCGUCGACGGGCAGCGCUUUGAACCGUGGCAGUUUUUUGCCACCUCCGACAAGGACUGCCUUGAUCGAUAUGGUCUGCCGGCGCGCAAGGGCAAACCGCAUUACUUCACAGACUCGGAGGUCAUCUGCACGUCGUACUAUAGUAAACUAGCACCGAUGGAAAACGGAGAGAUAUACACAUUAUUAGUACAUGGCCGUCCCGGUGCUAAUGAAACAAGCCCUGAAUUACUGGAAUUCACAAAGGCGCGGUAUGUCCGCUUCCGGUUUCAAGGUUUACGCGGGAAAGUGGAACCUUUACCGGCCAGAAUCGCACAGGAUAUCAAUCGGGACAAGAAACUGUUUUAUUCCAUACGGGAUAUUCUCAUUGGUGGGCAGUGCGUGUGUAAUGGGCAUGCGUCAACUUGUCGACACAAACUACCAUCAGGUCAUUUAGAAUGUGAAUGUGGUCAUAAUACAUGUGGACCCAACUGUGACCAUUGUUGUCCUUUACAUAACCAACAACCCUGGGGUGCAGGGACAUCCCGAGAUGCACAGAUAUGCCACCCCUGUCAAUGUCACGGUCAUGCGUCAAGCUGUCAUUAUGAUGAAGACGUCGCCCAAUCAAAACUCAGCAUAAACACUGAGGGGGAAUUCAUUGGUGGAGGUGUUUGUGACAACUGCACGAAACACACCACAGGAAUAAACUGUGAGAAAUGUGUUCCUGGAUACUAUCGUCCUCUAGGUACUACUGCAGAUUCAGAUGUACCAUGUUUAAAAUGUGAUUGUGAUAUGGGCAGCACUGGGGAGUGUAAUUUUGAUGCUGGGGUGUUAUCCUGUCAAUGUCGUGAAGGGUACACAGGGGUCAGGUGUGACCAAUGCGAUGUGAGCUAUCGUGGGUAUCCUAACUGUGAGAAAUGUCCCUGUAAUCAACGUGGUACCAGAAUAGAUGGUAAUAAUGAUUGUGAGGGAGAAUGUCAAUGCAAGGAUAACGUCGAGGGUAAAUACUGUGACCGAUGUAAGAUUGGUUACUUUUCAUUGCAAAGUGCAAAUCCUGAAGGGUGUUCAGCGUGUUACUGUUCAGGUGUCACUAGUGUUUGCUCAUCGGCGUAUUUACAACCACAAAUAUAUACGUUUAAUAUAAAUGAAAAAUGGUUAGUCAGUGAUAUUUCUGUCAAAGAAAUAGAAUCACCGUUAUUAGACGAUCGUCAAAUGCUAACUGUAGGCAACCAAGAGAUCAUCGGAAUAGAAGCUUACUAUUGGUUGGCACCAUUGUCUUACACAGGAAAUAAACUACAACUUUACGGAUCUAAUAUCCUGUAUAAAGUACAUUGGGUUGUCAUGAGAGGUGAUACAAGUGGUAAACCCACAACAGGUCCCAACAUAAUCCUAGUAGGAUCCAAUGGAAUGCGUAUUGCUUGCGGAGAUGAUUCCUACUCAAUGAACAACAUGACUUUUCUUAUCCCCUUGGAUGAAUACCAUGAUUCAUGGUACCAUAUCCCUGAAGAUGUUGAUGAUAUCAUCACACGUCUCCGGAGAACUGAAUAUAAAGGGGAAAGAGUGACCAGGAUACAAUUCAUGAGUGUCCUCUAUGACCUAAAGUAUAUUUUACUAAGGGCAAAGUUCCAUACUGAUCAAAUCGAGGUAUCCUUAGAAGAGGUUGUUAUAUAUUCCGGGAAUUUCACGGAUGGAUACAGCCCAGUUGAAGAAUGCUCAUGUCCUUCUGGAUAUACCGGUUUAUCCUGUGAACUAUGUCAAUAUGGGUAUGUCAGGGUGAUAGGGAAUAACACCCGGCAUGAAAUGCAAGGGUAUUGCAUCAAGUGUGAUUGUAAUGGACAUUCGGAGACUUGCGAUUCUGAUACAGGGGAAUGCAAAUGUGAACAUAACACUAUCGGAGAAAGAUGUGAACGUUGCGCAGCUGGGUAUUAUGGUAAUCCGUUAUUGGGUAUGCCGGGGGAUUGCAAGAAGUGUGCGUGUCCCUUGGUGGAUGAUGAGAAUAAUUUCAGUCCGAGUUGUCAAUUGGACGCGACGAGUAUUAGCAAUGAUGAUGUUGAGCCUGGGUAUGUUUGCACACAGUGCCCCAAAGGUUAUACAGGGGAUCAUUGUGAAAUAUGUGACGAUGGAUAUUUUGGUGUACCAAGUAGUAAAGGAGGUAAAUGUGAACCUUGUUCAUGUGGAGGUGGUCCUUGUGACCGAAUUACAGGACAGUGUUUGAGUUGUAGAGGAAAUACAGAAGGUUGGAAAUGUGACAGAUGCAAAGAUGGCUUCUUUGGUUCACAUGUAGAAGGCUGCGAAGCUUGUUUAUGUGACCCAAUAGGGUCCCUGUCAAAUUCCUGUAAUAAUAUCACAGGCGAUUGUGUAUGCAACCAACAUUUCAUCGGUCGCACUUGUAAUAAAUGCGAGGUUGGUUUCGGUAACGUGACAGCCCAAUGCGUCGCCUGCAAUUGUGAUCUACUGGGUUCAGUUGGUAAUAUAUGCGAUCAGACCACCGGGAUGUGCGAAUGCCGCCCCGGCGUCGAGGGAUUCCGCUGCGAUGCGUGUCAACAUUUACACUAUGGCUUCUCUGCCGACGGCUGCACGAGUUGCAAUUGUUCGCUCAAAGGAUCCGAGCUGAAGACUUGUAAUAUUGUAUCUGGACAAUGUCGCUGCAAAGCGAAUUAUAUGGGUUUAACCUGCGAUAGGUGUCGUGAAGGAUAUUAUGAAGAUUCCGUUGGUUGUAGACAAUGUGAAUGUGAUCCUGAUGGUUCAACAUCUCAGAAUUGCAAUUUACAGAGUGGUGAAUGCAGUUGUAAGGCGGGUGUUGAAGGACCACUUUGUAAACAGUGCAAGAGUGGGUUCUAUGGGUUUUCCAAAGAUGGAUGCAAAGAAUGUGAACCAUGCACGAAACGUGGUCAUAUCUGUGACCAGGAAACAGGUCGUUGUUCCUGUCCCCCACACAGCCACGGAGAAUUCUGCGACCAUUGUAAACCCAAUCAUUGGGGUUAUGAACCCAACGUGGGUUGUAAGGCUUGUAAUUGUUCCGAUACAGGCGCUAUCCGUGCUCAGUGUGAUCUCCACACUGGUUCAUGCAUCUGCCAACAGGGUUACACAGGUGAUAAGUGUGACAAAUGCGCGCAUGGAUACUAUGGUUAUCCGAAAUGUAGAAGGUGUAGUUGUCACUAUCCAGGGACGGAUAUCCUAGGUGGGAAGUGUGAUGCAGUUGGGGUGUGUCAAUGUGACCCAAAUGGGUAUUGUCCCUGUAAGAGUAACGUCGUGGGACGUAGGUGUAAUCAAUGUCUUGAAGGUACUUUUGGGUUACACCUGGAAAACCAAGAGGGUUGUACGGAAUGUUUCUGUUUCGGGAGGUCUAAGACCUGCACAGAGGCAGGAUACACCUGGAGUAAGAUCCGGAUGAAGACGAGAAUGUUCAGUGUGGAUUUCAUUGAUCAUCGUGCAAUCCAGUUACGAUCUCCUUUGUUCCUGGAUACUAAUAAUUUCCAAGAGAUUGAAGGUACUACUGGUAAUGUUACUUCCCCGCAUGGUCAUUUUGAUAUCCCGUUGUACUGGCGUCUUCCCGAGCAGUUUACCGGUGAUAGGAUUUUGUCCUAUGGGGGAUAUUUGAGGUUUUUUACAAUUACCUUAUCUACAUCAGCUUAUCAUGGGGAUUUCACACAGUAUCCUAUUGCUAGGAUUGAAGGUAAUGGUAUCAAGUUGAUCCAUUAUAGUAACAUGGUCAUUGGAGAUCGAUAUGAAAUACGCCUGCAUGAAAGUAAUUGGAGAUUAGAAGAGGUUCACGGACAGAAGGAGCAAAUGUUACCGAUUACUAGAGAUGUCUUAAUGGUGGUCCUUCAAAGAGUCACUGGUAUCUUCAUAAAGGCUUCAGAUUAUAGAAAUUUUGAAAGUGUUGCUAUAAUGGAUGUCGCUUUGGAUUCUGGUGUACAUUUAUUAGGUAGCCCACCACCUUUAGCAAUGGGUGUUGAAAAAUGCACGUGCCCACUUGAAUAUAAUGGAACAUCAUGUCAGAACCCUAGUUUGGGUAAUCAUCGUGCACCUGCCCAACCUACGGGGUAUAUUUACCAUGGCCCUGAAGAUAUUGAUAAUGUUAUUGGUAAAUCACAGACUUGUUCCUGUCAGGGUAGGUCUAAGGUGUGCGAUAUUGAAACUGGGCAUUGUUACAAUUGCUCCGAAAACACCUCGGGACCAUCAUGUGAAAAAUGUGCUGAAGGUCAUUAUGGUGAUCCUUCUACCAGCUGUCAAGCAUGUGCUUGUCCAAGUGUAACCCAAAACUUUGCUAUCUCCUGUGUACCUAAUCCCCGGGCUAAUCAUGUGAUCUGCAAGUGUAAACCUGGAUAUUAUGGUCCUACUUGUGAUAGAUGUGGUCCUGGAUAUUAUGGACAACCACAUACCAGGGGGAGUUGUAAACCAUGUAAUUGCAAUGUUCAUGGUAGUAAAAGUACUGAAUGCGAUAAGAUCACAGGUGACUGUGUUUGUAAACCAUCUAUGGUUGGACAGAAAUGCUCUGAAUGCAUGGAAGCAAGACACAUUCUCGAGAAUAAGGUUUGCGUGUUAUGUGACGAUUGUGUUCAGAUUCUGCUGGAUAGAGUUGAUGGUUUGAGGUAUUCUUUAGCUCAGAAUACAGGUCAUUUGAAUAAUGGAACUUUGCAACCUCCAUGGGGUAUGUUGGAGAAGAUAGAAUCAAGGUAUCUUAAUCUCUCUGAAAAGGUGGAUACAUACCUGAGUGGAAAGGAAACUCUUGUGGAUAUUAUUGACAACAAAGACACUGAAGUUUUGGAGAGUAAAAUUGCUGCUUUGACUGAAGAGUUUUCAAAGGUUCGGGAUUAUUCUAAAACUGUACAGAAUGCAACUCGGAAGAACAAAAAACGAAGCGAUGUUUUGCUUGCUAAUAUAAGUGACACUAAAGAAAAACUUCAUGAUAUCAGAGAUACAUUAUCCGCAUUUGCAACUGGACAAGUCUCUACUAAGAAAGCCCUCAAAGAAGGUCAGAAGUUAUAUUCUGAUAUCAAGAAAAAACGCACAAGUCUUAACAAAACCAGAGUUGAAACAGAUAAAGUCCGAGAACAAUGUCAGAAUGUUAUGCGACGUGUGAACGAAUUAGUAAAUUCAACUCAGAUAACUGAUUUUAAAGAUUUAAAAGAACAAGUUGAACGGUUGAACAACUGCGCGAAGAACUGUUCGAAGUUUCUUGAUGAUUUACACCGAACAAACGAGGUUGGGAGACUUAGAAAUAAUGAAAACAAACAACACUUGCAAACAUUGAAAGAUCUCUAUGUUAGUAUUCAUGAUAAAGUGGAACAACAAAAGAAACAAAUCGAGUUCCAAGUUAAUCAAGUAAACAAAGCCAAAAAUCAACUUAACAGCUCCUUAAUCACUGAUUAUAAUGAAAUAAAUGAAUUAUUAGACCAACUUGAUGAUCGUAUUUCCGAUGACUUUGUUAAUACACUUCCAGAAAAACGUCUCCAGUUAGAAAAACAUGUCAAACAUUUAGAGAAAACCGCUGAAGAUUACCAACACCAAUUUAAUAAAUAUGAUGAUCAACUAAAGUCUUUAAACUCCAGUGGAAAGUUCAAAGAAAGCAAUCUGGAUAUGAUUAAAUACGCUCGUGAGACAUAUGAGGGUGCACAGAAAGACUUUUCGGAAUUGCAAGCAAAGUAUCUGGAUCCACUUGAUAAUGACACAUUGUUUGAUAAAAGUGCAAUAAGCCAGGCAGCUUCAGAAAGACUCCAGAAGCGAAUCAAUGCAAUUACUAAUUGGUUUGACAGUAAUAUUACUCAACCACAUAAACGUUUAGAAAACAACAUUAACGACCUAAAACAAUCUAAUUGGGAUAAUGGUUUGGCGAAUAACAACGCAUCGGAACAAAUUCAUCAGAUGACUUUUAACAAGGCUGAAAAAUUGAAACAAAUGCAAGGUAUUGAAGAUGUUAUCCAUCGGGCAGUUGGUAGUUUGGAAGAAUCACGACAGAUUCAUAAAGUUGCCACGGAUUUAAAUAUUACAAAGAAGUAUAACUUGGAUAAGAGCUGGGAGAAGUUUUUGGAGCUUACGUCAGUGGAGAAUAUCAACAAAUUCAAGGAUAAUAUACUGUUCACUAAGGAUUUAUUGCAUAAUGUGUCUAAUUAUGGUAAAAGUGCUACUCAUGUGGAUGUUCUGAAUAAACACAAGAAUAUCCUGGACCAGUUUAAUGAUAAACGUGCAGGGAUUAAUAGAACCAUCAACAAAUUCUCUCUAUCAAUGGAAUUCAAAGUAGUUACUCUUGAAACACCCAAAAAUAUUCUAAGAUUGUUUUCUGGGAAUGAUGGAGAAGAUUUUGUAAAAGUUGCAACAACAGAUUCCAGUCUACAUAUUGUCUUCGAUGAACUUGAUUUCAAAAUACCAUUGGAGAUUGACAAUGAGAACUUUAUCAAACUGGUACUGAAUGAAACAGGGGCGACAGUCACACGUGGUACCACACUUUUAAAACAUAAACCUAAUACUUCUAAGAAGAUUAAACUCUAUGGAAUCAGUAGUCAAGAUUGGUUGGAAUUAGGUUGGGGUGGUGGACGAACGGACUAUGGUCUUCCUGGGUGUAUCAAGGAGUUGACCAUCAAUCAGAAACAAAUUGGUCUCUGGGACUUUGCGGAAAGUCAUGGUACUUGCACUAGUUGCAAAGUUUUUACGAAAACAUUGACCAAGCAAACAUACCGUUUCAACGGAGAUGGUUACAUCCACUUCCAGAAAUUGGAAUCAUCAGACAGAAGUAAAAUUGAUAUGUAUUUUACAAUGAAUACUUUCGAUGAAAACGCUAUGAUAUUCCUGGUGUUAUCGCAGGGUGCUUACGUUGCGAUAACAUUACAAAAUGGCCACGUUCGCUUCCGAAUGCAAUACAAACCGGAAGUUGAAGAUACAGUUGAUAAUCCCGUGGAUUUUAUAUCGAAGAAAAAGUACAACAAUGGAAAAGACGUUACUUUUACGUUCGCUAAAGUCUAUAAUAAAAGAGUGGAUGCCAUUCUAUUUAAAGUCAAUGAAGAAAAAUAUGAAAGAGACAUUCAUGUGAUUCCUAAGGGUUUAAUACGUAUCCUAGAGGGUAAUUUUACCAUCGGUGGUUUACCGCCGAACUUCUACGGCGUUGGUUUACCAGAUGAUUUUGAGCGAACGUCAUUUUUGGGCCUGUUGAGCGCUACGCUUGUUAAAACACAUUUGUCUCUUGAAAGAAAUGCACAUUACGGUGUGGCUCCGGUUGAUCCACUUUCACGAUUUGAAUUUGACAGAGUUUUAUUGAAUUCAACUGAUGCUUUUGUAAGAUUUCAGAAAGUACUCAAAGUACAAGAUGGCAUCGACCGUAAUAUUGCGUUUGUGGUGCGCAUUCAGAAAGAUGUUUUAAACGGUAACAUUUUACAAAUUAACGAGAACAUUAAUUUUAAACUAAACAACGGAAUAUUGCAACUGCUUAUGAUUGGAAAAGAAGAAAUUAAUUCAACAAACACAAUUACUGAUGAUAAUUAUCAUUUAGUACGUGCAGACAACGAAGGAUGUUUAUAUAUUGACAACAAACUACAGAAUGAAAAGAAAUGCCCAUUAAUGCAUUUUACCCUUUAUCAUAUAAAAGUUGAAAUUGGUGGUAAAGACAGUAUUCGAGGAGUGGUUAAAGAGGUACACGUCAAUUUUGAACGGAUGUUUAUCACCCCCGAUACAUAUAAGGAUCAUCAAGGUGCCAUGAUUGGAAGGACAUUGAGUUUGCCAGAGAGGCAAUUAGAAAGAUCACCGAGGGUCGAAGACAAGAUUAUUGACAUUUCGAUGAAAGAUAUAUCACCGCCAGCGAUGUGCGAACGUGUGCAGUAUGAUUUUGAACCUAGUGCUUACAAAUUCGGCGACUCACAGAACAGUUUCAUCGGACAUGAUGUAAAGAACGGGUUUUGGAAAGGCAAUUAUACGAUUGAAUUUGAGUUGCGGACAUUCUACGCUGAUGGAUUGCUAUAUUUAGCUCAUGGCAACGAUCAUUACAACAUGUUUGUUAUACGAGAAGGUCUGCCUGAACUGCAAAUGAAGGGUAAGAAAUUGAAGAAGAUCGAGACGAGCGUUCGUGUUGACGACGGAAAAUGGCAUCGCAUUGUUGUGGAAAAUCAUCAUUCAAUACAGAAAAAGAAACGACGGUUGUCGCUGACAAUUGAUGGAGUACGAUUGGAACGUAAAAUGCCACAGAAUAGAGUUGCUAAUAAGUUGUUCUUCGGAAACAUACCCAGAGAAUAUUCAAGUAAUUUCCUUGUGCAACAAUUCCGUGGUUGUCUCCGCUCAUUAAAGAUUAACCACAUGUCCCCCAACUUCUUUGACCGAAAGAAAACUCGUCGUAAUGAAAUUGGUCAAUGUUUUUCGAACAUAGAACGCGGUAGUUAUUUCCGCGGUGAUUCCUAUGCCACUUACGAUCGCCAAUUCCGAUUGAAUAAUUAUCUGGAUAUUGCGUUUGAGUUCCGCACUGAUCAGCAGAAUGGAAUACUGCUCAGUGUUGCGGAUCAAACCAAUCGACCGGCGCUCUCGAUCGAGUUACAAAAUGGCGCUGUGGUGAUGUCGGUGGAUAUGGGUAACGGCGAGGUAACAAAUGUCACCAACAGCCUGGUGUCAUGUAACAACAAGUGGCACAAGGUGAUUGCUUCGUUCACGACGGAAUUGUCGAUUAAUGUGGAUGGUGUGGCGCAAACGUGGGUUUUGAAUGGGCUGGAAGAGAUGCGAUCGAUUGAAGCGCCGCUGUACAUUGGCGGACUGCCAGAUUCUGCGCCUGGAGGUACGUUGAAGAUCCGCGAGAAUCUCAAAGGGUGCAUACGCAACUUGUCCAUCGAUAAUAAACAUGUCGAUUGGGUCAAUAUGCAUGAAUUGAAGCACGUCUCUUUGAAUUCUUGUCCGGUGACGGCGUAGAGCGUAAUUGUGUUCAAACAUUUAUAAGUUAUUUAUUACAAAGACGUUUUUAAACUUAUUGUGCCAUCAUUUACUUCACUGAGUGUGAAGAGCCAGUUUACUUAAAAAUUCAUAGUAAGAAGAAGGCAUUACAAUGCAUUUAGAAAACGAAUGUUAAACAAGUCCAAACAAGUAUUAUUUAAUUAUGUUUACAUGUAAAUAUUGUAUCGAGUAUUACGAGUCAGUGUGUCAUAUAAUAUAUUACCUAAAAUAUUUUAAAAUUAUUUUGUAAAUAAAAUUCAAAUUAAUUGUAAA